ACCAUAAACAGCUCGAUUGGAUGUAUCCAGAAUCUUGACUCCACAGUGAGUUGCCUGACUUGAUAUUACGGGCUUACUCCAGAAUCUGAAUUCUGCUGGCGAAUUAUUCGUUUUGUUUUAUCUCCUGCUACUAUGCCUCUUGAAAUGAGGACGGGUCCGAUGUAGAUUUACAAAUGCCGCCUCACAGUUAUGUCCGAAGUAGACCUUUGCAAGCAUAUAAGCAAGUCAUAAUCACUUUGGCCUAUCCCAUAGAGACUGAUAUCGUCGGUCAAAGCUCUUUCACCGGGUUGAAGCUUUCUAGUUGCACGCUGCCUCGUAAAUCUUUCGCAGAAUGAAACCCGAGAUCAUUGUCGCCAUCGUCAGCUUGGUGGUUUCUCUACCACCAGCGCUUUACACGCUGCAUACAUGGUACCAACGGCGCUCUCAGGCUAUGUAUCACCCUUUUCACCAGAUACAUCUCUCAAGACGCCAUUUGGAACUUCUUUGCUCUAUGUCUGAGCGAGGUAUCACGUUGGUACUUAGGGUUGAAGAAGGCCGACCAGUUCCCCAGAGGGACUCAAUAUUUAGAGCAUCAAACCCUGACAUGACGUCGAGCUGUUGAGCUGUUGAAAGAGUGGCGUUGUGUUCAUAGUGGCUCAGAUCAGGGUCUGGAACAUCCCCGUAAGCAAGGUGACGUUUGGGAGAUCUCCUUUGUGGACAAACACUAC